UAUUUAAUCCGCAGUAUAUCAGCGUCUUGGUAUCUCCGUUUGGGUGAGAUGGUGAGGAACUACUCGCCGGUGCUGUUUCCUUACGUAGCUGUGAUACUCUUGUUAGCAACUAGAAGUAAUAUGAUAAACUUGAACGUCCACGGCACUUGUCUGUCUGUACAUCAAGCCUUGUUGUGUAAAUAUUCAGAAGCGUUGUACGCGAUAGCUCUGCUUGGAAUCAUCGGUAUGGCUUUCACAUACAUACCAGUACUACAUAUAAAUGAUAUAGUGACGUUAAAUAAUCAAGAAUUAAUAUACUUUGGGCGGUCGCUGUUGACUGUGGGCGCGUACUACGCGGCCAUGGGCAUCGUGUUUGUUGCUCACGCGGCUAUACUAGCUAUCAUCGUGUUCAGCUCACAACUCGCAUAUAGGUUCUUUUUAAGGAUUGUCUGGCGUGGUGGUGGAAAUGUUGCAGAAAACGUAGCUUUGGGACUACGUAAGUUACCAGUAAUUGUGACCUUAACUAUGAGCUUCAUAACAUUUAGUUGCGGCGCCGCGGCGCUGGCGCUCGGCGCUGCCUUCUACGCAUUUAUGAUAUCCAAAAUGUACGAAGACUACCUCGAAGAUUAUGUUUAUAAAUUGAUGGCGAUAAUAGGAAGUAGGAUCUGCAAGAUCUUUACUUCAAAAAAUAAAGAAAAAAGUAAAAUGCUAUCCAUAGACAAUAAAAACGAUAAAGAGGACAUAGAUAAAGAAUCUAAGGAAGAAUCAAAUGUUUGCCAAACGAAAGAGGAUACUAAACCUACUGAAGAACAUGAUAAUUUUGAUGAAGAUUUGAGCAAAUUGAACUUCCACAUGAUGAUGUUGCUCUUGUGGUUGAUAAUCACUGUCGUUAAUGUUCCCGUACUUUUGACUUGGGCUAGGAAUUUUAAAUAUAAUGUAUCCUUAUGUCCUGAUACUUCCUACAUCUCUGGUUGUGUGAUGACAUUCUGCUCGGGUGUUAUUUGGCAAAUGGAUGCACCAAAAAGGAAAUCGGUCUAUUAUGAAGCAAUAGCUAAUCUUAUUAUACCAAUAACUAUAUUUAUAUUCGUAUUAGGACCAUUUACAAUGACAUUAGUCAAUUAUGGCAUGACUUUUAUAUUCACCAUAAUAACAUUGCAACAACUAUUUCACUUAUAUUAUCAUGAAAGUAAUGAAACAGUUAAUGAAGAAGUAAAAUCAACGGAGGAAACUGACACUUCUAAAUUACCAAGUGCAAAUGUACUAAAUAAUGAUGAGAAAGCUAGUGAAGAAACGAGAGCAAAGGAUGAAAAAGGUGAUGAAACUCAAACCAAUGAAAAGGAAAAAUCUAAUAAUUCACAUGUAGAUGAAAAGUUAAUUGAAGAUUUACCCAAUGAAUGUGAUGUUUGUGAUGAAAAUAGAAUAUAUAAGGUAUUUAAAAAUCUCAGAGAUAAAUUUAGCUUUAGUACUGAAAACUCUUAAAUGACCAGUGGAAAGUUCCUUGAUUAUUUCAAGUUCUAUUUGUGAGUUUGAGGAAAUUGUUAAAUAAAAUUAAAUUGUUUUUUAGGCAGCUAAUGUAUGAGAAAAGUUGUUUUUUGUAAAUAUUUUUUAAUUGCUAGUUUUAGCAAUGAAUAUGUUUGUCUAUUAUGAAAAAAAAUCUGAUUGAAACAAAAUAUUGAGAUUUUUUUAUACAAUUAAACUUUUGUUAACUUGUACUAGAUUUUUUUUAGUUUGUGAACUCAGCAUUAUAAUGCACUACAAUUUAAAUGACAACCAUGAGAUUUUUUUUACAUACAUUUACAUCCCUUUUUAUUUUGUAUAGCAAAUGAAAGUAUUUGUAACAAUUGACAUUAUCUGUUUAUAAAUAAAGAACCGAGUUUUC